AUGGCUUCAGAAGAAAGUCCUUUGCUGGUGCCCGCCGCCCAUGAAGCUAUUUACAACAGAUUCGCGCCACAUCAAAAGAGGUGGAUUCUGUUUCACGUGUCUUUCGUGGGUUUGUUGGCUAUGUUCGUCCAAGUGACGUUCGUGCCUUCAAUCCAUCAGAUAGCUAAAGAUCUCGACUUAACGGAUGCUGUCGUCAGCUUGGCUUUUAGCAUAUCGAUCUUGGCUGAUGCUAUCGGAGCGUUGGUUUGGUCUACUUAUUCGUCUUUCUAUGGAUCCCGAGCAAUAUACCUGUGGGGGAUGCCGUUUCUAUGUGUUGGGAGCUGUGGUGUCGCCCUGUCGGCUUCGUUACAGAGUCUGUUAUUCUGGCGAUUUGUGCAGACGUUUGGAUGCGCUGGCGCAUUGUCGUUGGGGACUGGCGUGAUUGGUCACAUUUAUAAAUUGGAGGAGAGGGGGACUGCUAUGGGGGUGUUCUUUAGUAUUACACUUAUCGGAUAUGCUGUUGCCCCAUUUCUUGGAGGUACGGCGACACGUCAUUGGUCCUGGCGCAAUUUGCAUUAUUCCGUUGGUGCAUGGGGAUUACUCGAGAUGCUUUUCAUAUACCUUUCAUUUCCUGAGACAAGCCAUCCCGGCACAUUGGGCAUCGAUAAACUGCCGUCCAGGAGAUCAAUACACAUCACAUGGAUUAAUCCUCUGAGCAGUCUUUGGUUACUUCGCAGUCCGAACCUAUUCGCAGUUAUGCUUGCGUCAGCUCUAAUGGUCAACACUGUCUAUAUUCUUGUCGUACCGGUGGCGCAUACUAUUGGCAUCCGGUAUGGAAUUACGAACGAGGCCAUCAUCGGGGCGUUUUUCCUCCCAAACGGACUGGGAAGCUUCACCGGAACUCUGAUUGCUGGCCGCCUAUCCGACACCGUAGUCAGAAGAUGGCGGGAGAAGCGCAAAGGAAUGUGGUGUCCUGAAGACCGUUUGAGAGCAGCAUGGAUCGGAGGGUUGUUCAUUGUCCCAUUGUCUAUCGGGGCAUCGGGGCUGAUCACAACGUAUAUUGGUGGCCCGGUCGGCCUUACGCUGAAUAUAUUAUGCCUUUAUGCGAAUGGAGUAGGGGUCGACUCAGUGUUGAAUCCUAUUAGCUCUUAUAAUGUGGACGUCGUACAUUCUCGAAGCGCAGAGGCCACAGCUGCUUGCAUGGCGAGCCGGUUGCUCAUUCUAUCUGCUACUACUGCUCUUAUCAUUCCAUCGAUCGAGCAUAUAGGUGUUUCGUGGACGAACAUCAUCGCGGCUGUAUUUGCGGUCAUUGGACAAGGGAUCAUUUUCUUGACAAUUCGUUAUGGCGAUCGCAUGAGGGCGAGCAUAGAUGUUGGUUUCUCGACCAUGGAGAAUAACUGA